UUUCCGUUUUGGCCCCUUGUUGCGUAAAACAUAUUCUACGGCUUGGGGACGUGACUUAUCGUGUGACAUGUUCCUACUCCUCCGUCCUGGCGCAUCCGGCGGCCUCGCCGUGCUUGGGGGUUAGGACCAGCGUAUGAUUGCCGACGGUUCUAUCGGCGUUAAUAUCGUAGUCGCCCUAUCCGUGAUGCCUGACCCGGCAAUGGGCCGCAACGGGGGCGGGGGGCUCCGGCGGGCUGGGGACCCGGUGCCGUUCUAUGUCUCCUGCCGGCGCACGUUCGGCUGCCCCGGGGAGUCCCGUAGGUGGCCAGGUACAACAACCAGUUGGCGAUUCCGCACCUGCUGCGGAUCCCCGACGGGAGGGCCUUGGCCAAGCUGGCCAGAAAGAGAAGAAACAGGAGAAGGAGGGGCAAGGGGGGUAGCAGGCCGCCAGUCCUCCAAGCUGAGGGGGUUAAGUACGUGCUGGCUCAGUAGCCGAGGGUGGGUAUCUAUGUCGUAUGCGUUCUAUUUCGCGGACAUGUUCGCGAUGCCGCGCCACCCGUGGAUCCUCCGCGGUAGGCUCUUAAUGACGAGAAGGAGCAGAGGGCGUGGUGGGGCGGGAGCCCAGGGAUUCGGUGGCCCCUUGUGCUUGUUGACCAUCUUCAUCCGGCCACCCCAGGAAGAUGCGAAGGCGCUUCAUUUCGCGAGCGUGUUCGCGAUGCCGCCCCAGCAGUACAGCAUCCGCGUCAAGCUCUGUAAUACCAUACAGAACAAAGAUUGUGUCGACGAAAUUGACGGCGAGGAAUAUACGGCAUCAUUUCUUGACCACUUUGUUGAACUGUACUGUUUCGAGGGUGACGUUCACUGGAGGGCUGUGCACGGGCGUCCCUGGGAGACGGGAGGGCACGCCGAGCGCCAGAAGGCGACGACCGGACAGGAGACGAGAGGGCCGCGUUCCGCGGAACUGUCGACUGCCGGGCGCCAUACGCGGGAGCCUCUUGCCCCCGUACCUGAGUGCCUUGGUUGUGGGUGUUGUCGGCCGACAUGGUGACAGGCCUUCGGUCCGUCCCUCUGCGAGCUGCUCGAGUGAAGUCCAGUUGAUAAAGUGUGACUCCCCUAUGUGGGGCGCGAUAACUAAGAUAUUGACCUUUGGUGAAGAUAAGGGGAGCCUGAAAGUGGUCGAUGCGGAUGCUGUCCUCGAUCUGUUGGCGGGGACGAACUGCUCCUCGAUCCCGUUAUCCUGAACGACGACGAUGGCAAACGAG